UAACGCUAGUCUGAUUCCCUCUCGCUUGCCUCCUCUACUACUGUGUGGUUCCCUGCUGUUCUAAAACUAAACACACUCCUGUUUUGUUCCUUCCCACACUUACCUCGAGUCCCCCUCUCUUUAUUUUGUUCCUUCAUCUUGACCAUGGAGGUGCGGGAGCACUCCUUUUUGUUGAUGGGUUUGCUUGUAUUUCUUGGAAUGCAGGUUCAUUUGGCAAUGGCAGAGUGCCCCUUAGAUUUGAGUGGAUCAAACUUCACUCUAGUAGGCUCUCUGUGCUCUAAUAAAGAUGACAGAGGAAAGUGUUGCCGCUAUAUCAAUGCUUUCAUUGCAGUCUCCAUUGCUCGCUAUGCAAAUGCAACUGGCAACCUUGGGGUUACGUCAAAUUUGUCUGGCAUCUGCCUCCAUUCCGUAUCACAAUCAAUGGAUUUGUAUGGAGUUUCAAGAAAUGCUACGGUUUUCUGUGGUUUUGGGACAAAAAUUCCUGUCAAUUAUGACUGUAGGGGUCGAACAAAUGUCACACAGAUACUGCAGUCUCCAAAAUUUAUGGAUGUCACAGAAAAUUGCAAACUGCCUCUUUCAAAGGAAAGUGAUUGUAGGAAAUGUUUAAAUGCUGCUAUUGUAUACCUCCAUCAUUUGGUAGGAGCAGAAGAUAACAUGACUUUGAGUACUUGCCGUGAUGCAACUUUUGCUGCACUUGCAAGCCAACUUGACUAUGGUUCAGCUGUUGACCUUGCAAGCUGCUUCUUUCAGGUUCAAGGGCUUAACAUCCCCCCAGAAUCUUCUCCAUCUUUGGUGGCCCCUGAGACUUCUCCAAGUCCCUUGGUAGCUGCUAGCCCAAGCCAACUCAUGAUAGGUGGAACUCAAAAUGGACAAAAUAGAACUCACCAUUCCUAUCACCUGACCUUAAUUCCUGGCAUUGGUAUUGCAGUUACAGCAACUGCUUUUAUGAUGUUAAUAGUCUUGGUAGUUCUUAUUUGUAGGAAAAGCAGAGAGCUAGAGUAUUCUGGGAAUACGGAUAAGCCCUCUAUGAAAUCUUUUCCUCCUCCCCAGUCUAUACGAAAAUUUCAGGAAGGUUCUUCAUCAAUGUUACAAAAAUUCGGCUACAAGGAGACAAAGAAGGCAACUGAUAAUUUUAGCACAGUAAUUGGACAAGGGGGCUUCGGAACUGUCUACAAAGCUCAAUUUAGUGAUGGUUCAAUUUUGGCAGUGAAGUGGAUGAACAAAGUUUCAGAGCAAGGGGAGGAUGAAUUCUGCAGAGAGUUAGAGCUUCUUGCUAGAUUGCAUCAUCGUCAUCUGGUAGCUCUGAGAGGCUUUUGCAUAAAAAAAUGUGAGAGGUUUCUCAUGUAUGAGUAUAUGGAAAAUGGAAGCUUAAAGGAUCAUCUCCAUUCACCAGGAAGGGCACCUCUGAGUUGGCGGACAAGAAUCCAAAUUGCCAUUGACGUGGCUAAUGCCCUGGAAUACCUUCAUUUUUAUUGUGAUCCACCUUUAUGCCAUAGAGAUGUUAAGUCGAGCAACAUUUUACUAGAUGAGAAUUUUGUUGCAAAGAUUGCAGAUUUUGGCCUUGUACAUGCUUCAAAAGAUGGUUCUGUUUGCUUUGAACCAGUAAAUACUAAUAUUCGAGGAACUCCAGGUUAUAUGGAUCCUGAAUAUGUGGUCACUCACGAGCUCACAGAGAAAAGUGAUGUAUACAGCUAUGGUGUGCUACUGUUGGAGAUUGUGACUGCAAGACGGGCAAUACAGGACGGCAAGAAUUUGGUUGAGUCAACCCAAAUGUUGAUGGCCUCAGAAUCUAGAUUAUCCGAGUUAGUGGAUCCCCGUAUAAAGGACACCUUUGACAUAGAACAGCUUCAGACGGUUGUGAAAAUUGUGAGAUGGUGCACUCAGAGAGAAGGGCAGGCCAGGCCUUCAAUCAAACAGGUCCUUAGAAUAUUGUAUGAGAGUUCAGACCCAAUGCAUAAUGGCUUCAUACAAGCUGUGGAAGAUGAAGAAUAUGAAGAAACUGAUGGUCGGCCAACAACAAGUAAAGGGAAAAUGCACAGGAGUGACCCGAUUUUUCAUAGUGGGGAUGGAAGAUAUCUUGCUUCUUCGUCAAGUACAUCCAGGUCAUAUUGUAGUCGAAGCUUUUUACUUGAAACUGGCUCUCCUCAAUCUCCUCCCAAUUUGCUCUCUCUUUGAAGCUCACAAAAAUUUCUCUUUUGGAUGAUAUGAGCAGAAAGACUGUAGCCUAAUGCUAUGAUGAGAAGCUAUGGACUGUGCCGUUUAUCAUCUUUGUGAAGUAAAAGUUUUCCUAUUACUUAAAACUAUUCCAAGGUUGUUCCUGUGAAAAGGAAAAAGAAAACUUCUUGGAAAUGUGAGGCAUUGAUAUAUAUAGUUUUUCAGUUGUUUGAUGAUAUGUACCCUGAUACUGCAACUGAUUGUAAGGAUUUUGAUUGAAUGGUUUGUUUUGUUUCAUACAA